AUGGACAACAGGAAGUGCCUCCAGAAAAGGAAGCACAUCAAGGAGGAAGAAACAGAAGGUAGGUUGCUUUAAUUUUCGGAGGAGAUUAUUCUAAUGGGUUCACAAAAUGUGCUCGAAUGAUUAAAGGGCUUUUUUAUGUUCUCUCGCAGACUCGGCAGAAGUCUCCCAGUACCAGCCGGGCCAUAGCCCCGGCAGCAGCAGCAGCAGGCCCCUCUUCCCUUUAAAGAGCAAGGCCUCUGCAUCUGCCUCUGAGCCCGACGAAUUGAGGCCUUCCAUGAGGGCCUCCGCAUCCUUCUCCCGGCCGACACGCUGCACUGUCUACAGGAGGAGACGCAGGGCUCAGAAGGACACGAGCCUGGCGAGCCCUGCCCCGUCUGCAGAAUGCCCAAACAACACAAGCUGUGGGUCUGCCAGAUUUGCGGCCAGCCAGCGCAGGCAGACUUUGGCCACAGCCAGUACAUGGCGGGUAGCAGUAGGGAGGUUUUCUACGCCAUGUUCGAGGGAAAGACGGUGGAGGUGUGGCUGGCGGAGAGGAGAGCUGGGCGGAGGGAAGACGGCCCUGCACCGGACUCUGCCCAAUGA